AUGGCAGCAGCGGGGGAGCAGCUGCUGAGGGCUGGGCUUUGUUGGUUCCUGGGGCACGGGGCAAAAAGGUAUGAUGACGGCAACAAGGGCUGCAAGGAUGCGGCGCGGGGCGAGAAGCUGCAGCUGGCUGCUGAGAAGUGGACGCUGCUCGAGGAGCCCCAGCAGCCCACAGCAGGGGGCUGGCCGCCGCCCGGCACGCUUCCAGGCAGCAGCAGUGGGGAGAUGGCGCCGAUGCUGGGCCGGCGCACAGACGGCAGCCAGGGGGCAGCUGGUGCAGGUGUGGGAGAUCACGAGCAGCGCCAAAGCCAGCAGGACAAGGCGAGGGGCAAGCGGCCGGUGGACGAGGAGCGCGCCGCUGCAGCUGGCGGCGCCUCAGCAGCUGCCGGAGCGGCGGCAGCGGGUGGCAGGGAUCCUGUGACUGCCCUGCGCGGCUUGCUCCCCUUCCUGCCCAUGGCCCAGCGGGAGGAGGCAGAGAGGCAGCUGGAGGCCAUGCUGCAGCGGGAUGCCGCGGCUUCGGCUGGCGUCGCCGAGCUGGUCUGCAGAGAGAGGGACCUAGUGGCGCAGGCGCUGGGCCCGGCUGCCGGCCAGGCUGCUGGCGCCUCGCGGCCAGCGGCGGCACUGCCCGCCGGUGGGGAAGCGGUGCGCAGGAGCAAGCUGCUUCGCGAGGAGGAGGAGCGGGCAGCCCGGCAGGCUGAGGAGGUGGUGGGCGAGCUGCAGCGCGAGGUGGGGCAGCUGCGGCGGCGCCUGGCAGGCCUGGUGGAUCUGGCAGACGUGGUGCAGGGUUGGGACACAGCCCGCGGCCAGGGCAACCCCCACGACUGGGCCUGCACACGACGGCGGGCAUGGCACCUCUGCCAGCGCCGCCACUUCCUUUCCCUUUUUUUCUGUAUCUUGGGUUUUGCGAUUCAUGAGGGUCGACAUUAUUCUAAUAGAGGUUCCAAUUGCUUGGUCAAGCAUGCCGCAGACCAGGUGGCGGCAGGUGGCGGGCGGUAUUUAGAUGCGUUGCAAAACAUAGGCGGCCUAACCCACCUCUCCUCCUUAACUCCGGGACCAGCAGACGCGCCAAUCAGGCUGCCCGCCAGCUCCGCAUCGGGCGAGAUGGACUCCUUGCAAGCUCAGCUGGAGGAGAUUGAGGCGCUGCAGGCCUGCUAUCCCGAUGGGCUGAUCGCCUUCAGCGCAGCAGAGGCGGACACACUGCGCUUUGCGGCUGCCGUGGCGGAGGGGACGUCGGGCGCCGCCAGUGCUGACGACGUGCCCGCGCUGUCUGGCACGCUGUGGCUCCCGGGCCUGGAGCUUGCAGGGGCACCAGUGCAGCUGAAAUUUGUGCUUCCCAAGUGCAGCAGCGGAGAGGCAGGCCUGCAGGUGCUGAGCAAUGCCCCCAGGCAGGCAGCAGACCGGCUGCAGGCUGUGGCCAGCGGCACCGCCGCAGAGUGCGCUGCAGACGGCGCGCCCUGCCUGCUGCUUGUGGCGGACCGGCUGGCUGAGGCUGCCCGGGAGCUGGCGGAAGCAGAGGCAGCGGAGCGGCAGAGGGCUGGGGAGCAGCCACCUGUACCUGGCAGUGGCAGCAGCAGGCGGGCGCAGCAGGAGGCCAGGCAGCUGAGGAAGAGCAUCAUCCAAUGGGGCGGCGAGCUGCAGCUCGGCGGUUACUCCAAGCCAGGCUUCCCGGGGAUCGUGCUGGUAGAGGGAGCGGGAUGUGACAUAGAUGAGUAUUGUCGGCGGCUGCGGCGGCUGCGGUGGCAGGCCAUGGCUGUGCGGGGUGAGCAGGACGAGCCGAUGGGCAGCCUGCAGGCAAGCUCCUCAUCCGAUGCUGCUGGUGCUGCUCGCCACGGGCCAUGCCCCUGCAGCCAGCAGGAGUUGGAGGCUGCGCGGCGCCUGCCGCGGGGCGUGCAGGAGCUGGGGGAAGAGGACAUGGGGCGGCUGGCGGCGGCGAGCAGGGAGGCGGGGCUGCAGGAGCUGUUCCUCACGGCGCUCAAGCUAUGA